CUUUGAUUCAAUCGCGCGCCAAGAUUAUAAUAACGGGGCUGUUCGUAGUUGAUUGUUUGAAUCUUGAAUCGUUUGAUAAAAUAAUUUGUAUGAGUAUUGUAGAUAUUUUAUUAAUAAUCGUAAAAUUAAACCAUGCCGUCAACACAAGAUUUGUGCGAAAAGUUCUACGGAACGCGUGAUAUCUACGAAAUCUUCGAAGUCACCAAGAAUGCUCAGGAAAGCGAAAUUAAAAAGGCUUAUUAUAAACUAUCUCUAAAAGUACACCCGGACCGUGUCAAGCAGGACGAAAAAACGGAAGCCACCGAGAAGUUCAAAGUUUUGAGCAAGAUCUACUCCAUUCUUUCCGAUCGGGAAAAACGUGCUUUGUAUGACGAGCAGGGCAUAAUCGAAGAUGAGGACGAUUCCUCCGGGACCAAGUGGAUGGCCAUGUGGCAAAAGUUCUUCAAACCCAUUUCCACCGACGACAUCGAUGACUUCGAGAAGGUAUAUGUCGGUUCGGAUCUGGAGCGGAACGAUAUAAAGGAGGCUUAUCUGAAGGGCAAGGGAUGCAUAGAUUAUAUGUCCCAAUGUGUUCCCUAUAUGGGCGUCAAAGAUGAGCCAAGGAUAGCCGAGAUAGUGCAGUCGAUGAUUGCUUCGGGCGAAGUUCCCGAGUAUGCGGCCUUCAAUGAUGAACCCCAGGAGAAGCGUGCUCGGCGCCACAAGAAGGAGGCAAAGGAGGCCAAGGAAGCAGAAGCGCUGAAGAAGACGCUGGGCAAAAAGAAGGCUGCCAAGCAAGUGUCCCUUGAGCAGCAAAUUGCCGAACGUCGGACGGAACGCGAACAAGGCUUCAAUUCCCUGCUGGAUCGGUUGGCAGCAAAAUAUGGUCAAGAGGAUGAAGAUGACUGAAGGAUCUAUCGAGCUAAGCGAUUAUAAACCGAAGACUGAGAAGAAACGGAGUAUUAAUGUUCCUUAAUUUUAUGUUUUACGUGCGUUACUAUUGUUUUAAAUACCUAAUCGAUUAACUGUAAUACAUGUACCUAUGGUAAAAUAA